CUUGUUCCCGGUCCAGGAAGGUUGGACAGUCGCUUCCUGGACUGGUGCUUGUGUAUUAAAUAUUUAUUGAAGUUGGUGUCAUUAUUUGUGCUCUAUUGGAUAUUAUUAAAGUAUUAAUUAAAGUAUCAUUGUUAUUUCACGGAAAGUAUUAUUUGUGUUAUCCAUAUAUAUAUUUAAAGUUGGAAUUUGUUUAGUGAUAAUUGUUCGUAUUUGAGUAAUGAGCCAAGCAAGUAUUAAUUAAUUGGAAUUUGACAUUCUGAGGCAAUAGCACCUACUGGAAUCUGAACGCAUUUCCCCCUAACUCACCAAAUAACAUCUUCAUGGCAGCACCUUCUAAUUUUUUGGGAUCAAUGACAUUGAAGGCUCUUCUUGAGGAUCCUAUUCUGAAAAAUCCACCAGUAAUUGGAAUAACUGAUGAUCCACAAAAGUUGAAAAAAGAAGAUGACUUGCCCCUGUUUAACUAUGGUUCUGCCUUCUUGGGACCCAAUCUCUGGGACAACACCAUCGAUAACUUUAAUCUGGAAUACAUGGACCUUGAUGAGUUCUUGUCUGAAAAUGGCAUACCUGUGGCAGGAGAUGAAGGCAUUAAAGGAUCCAACAAAGGAGAUGACCUACCAAGUAAAGUUGCUGUAUCCUCUACACCUUCACAACCACCAUCACCUCGUCAGUACCUGAAGACUCCACCUAUGAGCCCUUCACAGUUUCUGAAGAUCCCACCUCCCAGCCAACACUAUCCCCCCAUCUCUCCUCCAACAGCUGCCAGUGGCAGCAAGAGUCCAUCUCCCCCUGUCAGUCCAUUCAAUGUAGAGUUCCAAGUCAGCCAGCAGGAUCUGGCUCUGACCUCCAUACCAGAUUAUGGUGAAGAUUCAACUCCUUAUGUUCCUAAAUGGAAAGUCUGGACAGAAGAAAACAGAAAAAAAAAUGGUUCUGAUGAGUUCGACCCACGGAGAAGAAAUUUUACAGAAGAAGAGUUGAAGCCUCAGCCUAUUAUAAAAAAAUCAAAAAAGGUGUUUGUACCCGAGGAUCUGAAGGAUGACAGAUACUGGGCCCGUCGUAAUAAAAAUAACUACGCAGCUAAAAGGUCAAGGGAUGCUAGGAGGGUCAAGGAGAAUCAGAUUGCUCUUAGGGCUGCUUUCUUGGAGAAGGAGAAUUCCUGCCUCAGAGAAGAGAUGAACAAGUUGAGAAAAGAGAAUGCUAAGUUGAAAGUCAGACUUUCCAAAUAUGAAGGAACCUCCUCAGACGAGGCAGUGACUCAAUAGCUUUCCUCUUGUGUCCAGUUUUUAAGAUUGAUGUAUAAAAGUUUGAAUACAUAAACAUUGAAAAUGUUUCAGGUUACAAAUGUAUAUAAUAUAUAUAUAUAUAUAUAUAGUACAAUGAACUGUUGUCUUUUUUUAAGUCUUGUUCUUGUAAUGAUAGGUUACUAUCUCAUUUAUAUUGUUAAGAAAUAAGUGUUAAAUUGAGCCAUUAUUAUGGAAUUCUUUAGCAUUUUUGAAAAAUGAGAGAAAAAUUCAGGACUAUUCAAAGAUAAGUGAAAAAAUAGGAUAAAAAUUAUUCUAGUUAAUAAAAUAUUUAGAAUAGAAAAACAACAGAAACAAAACAAAAACAAUAAUGUUAACAUAUUUCAAACAAAAGCCUUCAUAAACCUUAUUCACAUCUUCCUGAACCACAUCCCACACUGCCUGUUGUAUAAAUGUAUAGUUCACUGUUAAGUGUAUUAUAUCAUGUAAAGUAAGCGUGCCUUUGUUGUUGGUUUAAAACAAAAUUCUUACUUCUAGAAUAGUGAAAUUUCUAAAACAUUGACGAGAUGGUUAAUUUGGUACCUGUUUUAACAUUGUUGCUUGGUUAAUGAGCCUCAGUCAAGUGUUAGCAGGAUGGCCUUUAAGGAAACAUUUCAAAAAUACUAUUAAAAUCAUCCUGAUAUGGGGUGCCAUACAAUUUAGAAGUGAGAAAGUAUUUCACAGUCUGAGCAAAUGAAAUUUGCAGAAAAAACUAGUCUAGUCCUAUUUUAUACUAUAAAUAGCUAAAAGGUGUAUAAUAUCUUGUAAUAUUUUUAUUACCAAGGAUUUAUGCUUUGUUAAUGUAGCACCAUAUAUGAUGUAAUUUUGUUUUUUAACACUUUGUACUAGGGCUUUGGAGUAAGCACUUCCAUUUAAAUUUACUGAAUUCUAUUACCAUAAGUAAAAUUUAAGUUCCCCUUUCAGAUCUUGUGACCUAUAGUGCAGAUGAUGUAAAGGUCAUCUGUUUCUGUGAAACAUGGUUAACAAUGUUGUCAUGUGGUUGACGCCUUUACUUUACCCCAGUUAUUGUCAGGUACCCAUUAGAGUUGGAUGGACUCGGGGUGCCCUGAAAUUCACAAUCCCAGUCUUCACCGGUAUUUAAACCAAAGACCCUGUGGUUUGGAAGCCAAGUGCUUUAUCCCUCAGCCACCAUGUCCCCAUAAGUGGUUACCUCCAAAGAUGUACCAGAUCUAAUUCUGCUAACAAAUAGUUUUGAUCCCAUAGACAUCCCCUGCCCAGAAUCCACAGUGUGGCAUGGAAAAUUUGUGGGGUCUGAACUGGAUUACUUACUGCUCCCAAUGUGGCUGACUAGAAACUAGGCUGUAGUCUUGUAACACUCCUUUAGAUAGAAAAUGGUACCAAUUGUGACUUGCAUUUAUCACAGUGGCCUUGUAGUUGCAAAUUAGUUACAUUAUUUAAAACAAGGGAAACAUUUAUGUUUUAAGGCUUCAAAUAAAAGAUUGUAGUAAUAUUGUGUUGUUGUCAAUGUGGCAGCUUGUAAAUAGUGUGAGGACACAGUUAAAGAUAAUCUCACGAAGACAAAAUGUUUUGUAACAAUGUAGCUCAAUAAAUCAUUAGAAUUUAUUUUUCAGGACAAUUUUUUGUUUAAGCCAUGAGAAAUGCUUAUUUAUCAUUAAUUAUUUUGAAUUUGACAUAUGUGUUUUUGAUGAUGUAGCUUGUCUAUCUUCAAAUUUAAAGCUGAACCUUAAGAAACAUAAAACAUUUCUUUUUUUUUUUUUUGCUACUGUCUUUAAGUGUUAUUCCAAAGCUGUCGAUGAUUCUCAUAAUUGUACUUUGUUAAGAAUAAAUAAUCUGUGAUACCUCCAGCUUGCUUGUAUCAAAUUGAGACAUGCUUCAGACUUAGCUGGUGCUUAGAAAUAGGAUUAUAAUAAGGUUAAAUAUUAGUUACUGUUCAGAGUGAACAUAAGACUGGUAUAGAUGGGCACAUGUUUUUGGAGAACCACUGCCUUUGACAAAUAACUCUUCUAACACAUCCUAGACAUUUUUCGCAUGUGUGUCAGAUCUGAUGGUUAUAUAUACCACUAGUUAUUGAGAGAAAUUAUAAAUACAUAUUCAAAAAUGGUUACUGACCAAACCUAAUUUGCCUUUUUUUUUUUUUUUUUGAGGAUACUUAACUUGUUAUUUAAACCAUCUGUGUUUUUUUUUCUUUAAGCUCGAAUCUUUUGUUUCUUUAACUGUAAAUGCUCUGUGAAUUUAAGUUUUAACAAUGUUAAGUAAAAUGUGUGGUCCAUCCACAGUGUUGAAUAUUUCAAAUGUAACUUUUCUUGACAGUUCCUCUGUAUAAUGUCAUUCAAAGUGACUGUCUUUCUGCAGCUUAAUGGAAAGAUAUUUUGACAUGGACACAUCUUUUAAUUGUGCAUUAUAUUGGGGUUUUUUUUUUGUAAAUAUGUAAUUAUUGGUUACUACUAACUAUUGUAUAACAAUGAAUUUGUUGUCAUACUAUCUAAACGAAUGAAAACUAGAUCACUUAAAUCAUAAAGUACGUCACUUUUAGCAGUUGCUGUUUUAAUAUACACGUACGUCUCAUGUUCUAAUGCAUUCCUAUUUUGUUUUUUUUUUGCAUGAGAUAACUUUUGAUCAAUACAUUGUAUCCAGAGAGAGUGUUGCUUGUAGGUUGAUGACAUUUUGAAACUUUUUUUGAAAGGUUAUUGCUUGAAGAAGAAAAAGUUUAAAACAUGUUUUUUAUUUGUUUGUGCUAGAUAUAAAAAAAGGUAGCAGUGUUUACUGGUUAGACCAAAACCUGUAGCAAUGAGAACAUGUAUCUGUUAGUCUGGAAUUAAAAAUAAAGAAAUGGUACUUUUUUUUUUCUGUAAAAAUAAAUGUUCUUAAAAGGAUUUUUAUUGAAAGAAUAUGACCACAAAAAUGGAAGAAAUUAUUGACAUCUGUAUGUUCAUGUAGAAUCACAAAAGGAUCAUCUGUGUUAAAGGUCACCUCGGCCUGCUGUUAUGUGUCUAUAUCUUUGUGAUCAAAUCAUGAGUAGUUGUGUGUCUAACUCUUGUGUUCAGUCAGUCAUGUGAUACUCCAUUUGUUGGCGUGCUUUAGAGAAACCUCAAGAAUAAAUUUGGUGUUCACUUCAUAAA